CACUCGUUAUCUCUAUUACCUGUGUCUUGUUUCCUAAUAUUUGUGAUACAACGCGUGUGCUCUUUUAAGCAUUUAUUGGUCAUGUGUGCUCUUUGGCGACCUUCUUCUGGCUCAAUGUCAUGUGUUACGACAUGUGGUCUACACUUAGGUCUUCCCAGCAGAAGCAUCACAGUAAAAAGACAUUUUUGAAGUACAGUUUAUAUGCCUGGGGCUGUCCCCUGAUAGUAGGUGCAGUGGCUCUCAUCAUUGACAGUUUAAAACAGUCAAAUCUCAUAAGACCUCGGUUCACAGAUGGUACUUGUUGGUUUCAUGGUGAUGCAGAAUAUUGGCUCUAUCUAUCAGGAAUAAUAUUUAUUCUUGUGAUGGUGAACAUAAUCUUCUUCAUUCAUGUAGCAGUAACACUUGCAAGGGACUUCAAGCAGAGAAAAUCUACAUUUGAUACCAAUACAAGUCACAGCAGCAAAUCUACCAAGACUAGAGAGCAAGCUUGGCUGUAUAUUAAGCUCUUUAUUGUGAUGGGUAUUGUGUGGAUAGCUGAGGCUAUCUCAAGUGUACAACACAGGAAUACUUGCACCUUCUGGGUUUUAGCUGAUAUAAUCAAUGGGCUUCAGGGAGUCUUCAUCUUUAUUGUGACUGUUUGCAGCAAGGACAACAUAAAGAAGAUACGAGAUGCCUGGCGUCCUAGACUGCAGACUGUUCGGAAAACCGCUGUCUCUUUUAAAGGACGAACCUCCACAGGAAAUGCAAAUAGGCGAGGAACUGACCUCAGUCUAGCAGCAUCAGAAAGUUCUAGAAAAACUUCUCUGACAUCUCUUCCAAGAAAAUUCUCUGUUGCAUCUAGUGUCUUUCAUCCUGCCUGCAGCAAGGCCAAACGGGCCACGACACUCAGUGAUACAUCUGAAACCUCCAGAAAAUCUCCUAAUCUCAGAAAGAUCUCCAUAGACUCUAAUCCUGAAGUUAUUCCAAUGACAAACAUUAUGGAAAUCUAAUAUUAUAUGGGCCUUGAGCUGUGAUUUUAAUGGAUGAAUAUAUGACUAGUUGAGCAUUGUACACCCACCACUGCCAUAUGCCACUACUAUGAUAAGUAUAGUUGGUACAACAUUGUUAUAUGACUAGGAAGUUUCCCACUUUUGCUUUCUCCUUGAAGGAAUUCAUCAUUUCAGUGGAUAUUCUUUUACGGUAUGUAGUAUCUAGGUUAUAUUAAGUAUGUCUUCUAGGAUUUUUUAAAUGUCAUGUCAUGUUAUCUGGAUUUAAAGUUUAUUACCUUCAUGUAGAAAAAAUUAUAAUGCCUGAUAAUGUUGGUAAUGAAACCAUGCUGAAUAUGGAUACUGGAAUUUUUCAGAAGAUCCUAGAUACUAGUUAAUAUGCAGGUACUGUAUAGUUAAUUAAGCAGACAUGAUGUCGCCCUUGUUUCUCAAAAUCUGGGAUGAUUUGAUGAAAUUAUAUGACGGUGAUAUUGACUCUUAUGUGCCAUGGGUACUAAAGGUGUUAAAUGAGUUAAAUGUUUUUUAGUAUUCUUUAAAAUAGUGCAAUAAACCAAAUGGUGUGA